AGGGACCCGCUACCGCGCACAAUGUACGUAAAUUGCCUUAAUGUACUCAGACGGCCUCCGAAAAACGGAGUCAAAUACUUCGUGUUGUCGACUUUUGCUCGUGCAUGUGCGGAUCCAAAGCAAAGACUCUAUAUAAAGCUUCGAAGCGGGCACAGUGCACCCUAUCACACUCUCGCAUAUCCAUUUUCUAAAAUCUCAGCCCCCCAGCAGAUCUCCAGCGCCGGUCGCUCGUCAGACAUCCCGUAAAUAUCCCGCCAAACCCAACGGCCAAAAACAUGGGUUCCGACGACAUCACCGUCCCGAGCUUCUGCUCCGACAACGGCGUCUCAGAACAAUGUCCGCUCGAGCGUGCCUACAUCCACUACCUCCCAAACGUCCCUGCAAAUGCCAUCUAUCUCUCCAUCUUUGCGAUCUUGUUGUUGGCACAUGCGCGCCAGGCGUGGCGGUACAGCACUUGGGAUUUCUCCGUGCCGUUGUUCUUGGGCACGACGUUGGAAAUCCUCGGUUAUUUGGGGAGACUGAUGUUGGCUGGGAAUCCUUGGAAGUUUGAUUAUUUCAUGCUCUACCUAGUUCCGUUGACCAUCGCCCCGGCCCUCAUCUCCAUCUCGAUCUACCUCCUCCUCGGGCGCGUCGUCGCCAUCAAGGGCCUUGAACACUCUCGCCUCAAACCUCGUACCUACGCCAUCGUCUUCAUCGUCUUUGACCAGAUCUCGCUGGUUCUGCAAGCCGUCGGCGGCGGGUUCGCCGGCGCCGCCACGACGAAAAAGACGCUCGAUCUCGGCGUGCAUAUCAUGAUGGCGGGAUUGGUCGCGCAGGUGUUUUUCUCGUUGAUCUUUUUGAGCUUGUGGGCGGAAUUCUCGUGGAAGGCGAGGAAGGCGGCCAAGAUGGGGGCGGUGGGUGGGAAGGGCGAGUUUGCCGAGUUGGCGGCUUCGAAGAAGUUGAAGAGAUUCGAGUUUGCCAUCGCCACAGCAACCAUCCUCAUCUUCAUCCGUUCCACCUUCCGCACAAUCGAGCUUUCCGAAGGCUUCGGCGGCAAGCUCGCCAACGACGAGCCCCUCUUCAUGGUCCUCGAAGGACCCAUGAUCUUCUGCGCCAUCGCGCUCAUGCUGGCAUACCACCCUGGCCGCGUGUUUGGGCAGUUGUAUGGGAUGACGAACUGGAAACGGUUGGUGGAGGUGCAGAGGUCGAGUGAUUAUACGUUGCGAGCGGAGGAGAUGAUGGUGCAUGGACGUGGGAGCGGACAUGGCCAUGCGCUACGGGAGGUGAAGUAGGUUGGGCGUCUUAGAGUUUUACGACCUUUUAGCGGCGGACAUUCAAGUUUCUGGACCUCGCCUCCCGUUCUCUCCUCAUUCGAGUUUAUUGUAUUGUGUAUUCGAUCGUCUUACUACCUGGUGCAUUAUGCUGUAUUUCCCUCUCCGUAUAUUUGUACAUUUAUAUUCUUGAAUCAUCAACACCACAUUGAAUUUGUUAAGA